AUGAGCGAAGAACGACCUUUCACGGUUCAAUUUCCAAAGAAGCCCGAAAUUGGGGAUGAGAUCAUCGUUAAGGGCAAACUAAAACCAAACGCAAGAGUAUUUUCGGUCAACUUCAUUCUACCGCUUCCGCCACCAAUGGUGAGGUCCUCGUCUGUUCCGGAUUCCUUCGUCAAAAACAGUAGCCACGGUAGUGGCGUUUGUUGUAACAACGGAUUAGACACAGCAAACCCCUCUCCGCCUUACAUUGCGUAUCACUUUAAAACCGUUUUCAAAGACGACGGUUCAAGCGUGGUGGUACAAAACUGGAAAAACCUCGUCUGGCAGCAGGAAGUGCUCGGGCCCAAUCUGUGGCUCAAGGAUCGAAACCGACCGUUUGGACUAAUUUUCCGAUUCCAUCACGACACGAUAAGAGUGUUCGCGGAACACACGCAUCACACGCCGGAAUACGAAUUCGAGUACCAAGUACCGCUCGAGAGCAUACGAACCGUGCAACUCUGGGACGACGUCGAAUUCGUGGAAGAAGUGACGUUUCGAUUCCGGAAUGUAAGCCGGUCGUGA